UAUUUAAUUAAAAAAUCUGAAUCUGAAUCUGAAUCUGAAUCUGAAUGGUGUUGCCGGGGGCCCGACUAGGUUAAACAGAUGUAGAAUAUUUUGCCUUCACAACUCACUCGUACAUUCGCCUGCACCUUCUGCCUCUGACCCUACCCUAACCCUAAUAACCAACACGUGUAACACUUAUCGCGUAACUUCCGUCUAUCUGGCUGUCACAUGAUCACCUCCAUGCCUCUUCCGUUUAACUGAAUUCUCAAACAUGUGUCGAAAAUCACGAAACAAAGACGCAACAUCCAUUGCUAUUAUUUUUUUUAAGCGCACAAGUUCGUAUCUGAACAUCGCCAGAACAACAAACCGAAAAUUAGAAUAAAAGGUUGUAAUUUUAUCAUAUCUGGUUUGCAGUUCAGAACUUCAGUAGAUUUUGAGGAGUUUCUUUUAGCUGUUCUUUAUGGGUGCUCCAAAGCAGAAAUGGACACAAGAAGAAGAAGCUGCACUAAAAGCUGGGGUUAUUAAACAUGGAGCUGGGAAAUGGCGCACAAUACUUAAAGACCCAGAAUUUAGUGGUGUCUUGUAUCUGCGUUCUAAUGUAGAUCUAAAGGACAAGUGGAGAAAUCUAAGUGUGAUGACCAAUGGAUGGGGAUCACGGGAAAAGUCUAGGUUAGCUAUUAAAAGAACACCACAUGCUCCUAAAUUGGAAGAGACUUCUUUUUCUCUUGCUGCUAAUGCUGCUCUAAGCGAUGAGGAAGAAAAUUUGGAUGGUAAGCCAGUCUCAGUUUCCAGUGGCAUGCCGCAGAUUGUGGCUGCUCCAAAGAGAUCUAUAGUAAGGUUGGACAACCUUAUAAUGGAGGCUAUAACCACCCUGAAGGAGCCUGGUGGUUCUAAUAAGACAUCCAUUGCUGCAUACAUUGAGGAGCAAUACUGGGCGCCUCCAGACUUUAAGAGGCUAUUGUCAGCUAAAUUGAAGUAUUUGGCUGCAACUGGGAAACUCAUUAAGAUAAAACGCAAGUAUAGGGUAUCACCCACUCUACCAUUUUCUGACCGAAGAAGAAAUUCUUCAAUGCUUAUUGAGGGAAGGCAGAGGGUUUCUCCUCAAGUUGAUAAUGAUGAUGUCAAUAUUCCUACAAAAUCUCAGAUCGAUUUAGAGUUAGCCAAGAUGAGGAGUAUGACUCCCCAAGAGGCUGCUGUUGCUGCUGCUCGAGCAGUUGCAGAGGCUGAAGCUGCCAUGGCAGAAGCUGAAGAAGCAGCAAGGGAGGCAGAGGCUGCAGAAGCUGAUGCAGAAGCGGCACAAGCUUUUGCAGAAGCUGCAAUGAAGACACUGAAAGGAAGAAACAACCCAAAAAUGAUGAUACGAGCGUGAUGGAAUUUAAGGGAAGCAACCACAAAGAUUUAAAGACUCAGCAAAUCGGUCCCACCAAGAAUGGACAAUGAUGAUAAACUAACUAAUUGCAUUUUUUGAUUGACUCCCAGUUACAUGAACGUCCUUUGAUGACACGCGUCUGUAUUUGUAAAUAUUAUCAAGCCUUUUGGACAAGUAUGUCGCGGGAUGACCUUCACAGCAUACUGCCUUGUCCUGUUAUAAUGUUAGUUCCUGAAGUAAAUUUUUCUGGUUGAUCAUUUGAAAGAUGGGUCAUGUCAUGCUUUGUUUUUAUUUUUGGCUUAUAUAGGAUCUCCUUCUUUGUAGCUGGUAUUUAUUAAUUUUUAGAAAUUUGAAAAUUCAACAAAAUGUUGACUGUAGAAAGAAUUAACAAGCAGUUGGAUUCUAAGUAUAGUAGAUUGUAGAAAGAAAUAAAAAGCAGUUGGAUUCCAAGUUCUAGCUGAGACGAGAUGUCUGUUAUCUAAUCCUGUCUUUGUUGGAAGUGAUUGUACUGUUCAUAGUUUUGUAAUUUGAACUAAAUUGUCAACUUUGUUACUUACUUCUUAUUAUUCAGUUUCCUGAGUGAAUUUCCAUGUGGA